AUGAUACAACAUGUAUCAAAAACAAAGCCUACUCAAUCACAACCCGAACCGGACAGCCAGUCUAAUCAUGCUUUCCUCAACUUGCGUGUUAUACCGAGCAGCAAACACUGUGUACUCCAGCCCUUCCGUCUUAGAUUCGAUUCGCAUCCCACGGCUGAAACGAGCACUGUUCACCUCCAUCACCGCCUCUGUACACCCCACCAAGUCGCAAUAUUUGCUCAUUCUCACUGCCUGUCCGUGGAACACGACCAUAUGACCACUUGUGGCACAGCUGUCAUACUCAUCACACAGAACGCGAGAUACAGCAUGCUUGCUAAAGACGAGUUGAUCUUUGGGAAGAUGAUUGAGGGCUCGAGCGUCUAUGCAAACGUCACCAACAAUUUUGAAACCUUCAUUCUUAGCAGCUUGCUUUGA